CGUCGCCUCCGUCGCCGCGUUCGCCGUGUUCCGCGCCGCGUCGUUGCAUUCCUCCUCCUCCUCCUCCUCCGCGAGCGGGAACCCGGUCGCAGCGACGACGACGGCGACGACGAUGACGCCACCGCGCGGCACCGGCGCCGGCGACGCGUCCAAGGGACGGGCAUACCUCAUAGCGCCGCCGCCGCUGUUCCCGCUCGUGCCGGCGUUUUCGCGCGAGACUUUUCGCUACGAAAUCAUCCCAAACUCGAUGUGGUUCUUCGAACAGAAGCAAGGCAUCGGCCUCGGUUUAAACGUCAGCGUGAACGUGCGGAUGACGGUGAUCAAACUCGAGAGCGGCGGUUUGUGGGUGCACGCGCCCGUGGCGCCGACGAAGGAGUGCGUCGCGCUCCUAAACGAGCUGGACGCGCCGGUGGAGCACAUCGUCCUCCCGACGACGUUGUUCGAGCACAAGAUUUUCGUCGGGCCAUUCCAGCGGAAGUACCCGGACGCGGAAGUUUGGAUCGCGCCGGAUCAGUGGUCGUGGCCGGUGAACCUGCCGCCGACGUUUUUCGGCAUAUUCAAAACCGGCACGCUCGGGUUCGGCGGCGGCGUCGACGCGAACGGGGAUGCGCCGUCGUGGGCGGACGAGUUUGAGUGCGAGCUCCUGACGCCGCCCGCGCUCGGGGUCGCGUCGUACGUCGCAUUCACCGAGUGCGCGUUUCUGCAUAAAGCCACGAGAACUUUGCUCGUGACCGACGCGGUCGUGUACGUGUCCGAAAACGUCCCUGACGCGAUCCCAGAUCGCGACUUGCUCGAGUCAGGGGACGACGACAAUUUCACCAUCGCGGCGCUGAAAUUUCUAAACCUCUUCGACAUCAAGACCAAGGCGAAGACGCGAACGACGUCGUCGAAGGACAUGACCGAGAACGAGCGGAAGCGCCUCGGGUGGCAGCGUAACGCGCUCCAGGCGUUGUAUUUCGGGCCUUCGAACUUGUUAGACCCGGAGAUGUCGUGGGUGGGGAUCGUAAAUCGUCUCAUCGUCGCGCCGGUGGUGUCCACGCUCGUGUAUGAGAACGUUCCAGACGACGUCGCGGACUGGGCGAGACGCAUCGGGAGGUGGAAGUUCGACACGAUCGUCCCCGCGCACUUCGACGCGCCGAUCAAAGCCGGGCCCAAGGAGUGGAACGCCGCGUUCGGGUUUCUCCCGACGUCACGGCCGGCGGACGAGCCGGAGAUCACGGGAGGCGUCGGUGGCGGCGUUCGCGGAUUCGGCGACGGGUACUACCCGGACGAGGACAUGAUCCUCCUGCGGGGGGUUGGGGACGUUUUAAAAGACGCCGGUGUCAUCUUCACGGACGAGAAUCGGCCGAGGCGGAAGCUGGGCGUCGUCCAAGGCGCGGGCGUCGGCGGGGAGAAGAAGAAGUGAGCGAAGGAGGGCGGUGUAGGGCGGUAUCGUCCAAUGCUAACGUGUAUUAAAGUUAAACAAUCAAAGAAGGUGAACGAAGAGGCGGCGGUGAUCCCUGGUGGUGAGACUACCGCACCUCGAGCUCAUCGAUGAACCAAUUCAAGUGCGCGCGCCUGUGUGCGCGCGUGUGUAUGCAUGUGUCCCAUGUAUGACAUGUGGAUUUGGCAACGCAUGAAGUACCGGAGUGGGCCGCGCUAUUGAGGGAGUGUGCGUGGAGUGGAAAGGGGUUUACAGUGGGGCUACACGUACUGUAGUAAGCAAAGUUGUAACGAUCAUUCUCACUGUAAAUUCUC